AUGGCAACCUCGAUCGACGAGACCAAGAGCCCGAACGACCCGAAGCACUACCGGCUCUUCACGCUGCCCAACGGCCUCGAGGUGAUGCUCAUGCAGAACGUUCCCGGCGCUGGCGACGAUGACGACGAGGAUGAGGAUGACGAAGGCAGCGACGAAGGCAGCGAUGAUGACGACGAUAUGAUGGAUGAUGACGACGAAGACGACGACGAUGACAUGGAUGAUGACGACGAAGACGACGACGAUGACAUGGAUGAUGACGUUGAAGAAGAGCUCUUGGGCGAAGAUGACGAGAUGGCCGACGACGGCCCGGCGCCGCGCAAGGCCGGCGCAUGCUUGACCGUCGGUGUCGGCAGUUUUGCCGAGCCCGAGCAUCUUCCUGGCCUGGCGCAUUACCUCGAGCACAUGCUCUUCAUGGGCAGCGAGAAGUACCCGGACGAGAACGAAUUCGAGGCCUUUCUGAGCGCCCACGGCGGCUACAGCAACGGCGAGACCGACGUCGAGCGCACGAGCUACAUGUUCGAGGUCGGGCCCAAGCACCUCGCGCCGGCGCUCGAUAUGUUUGCGCAGUUCUUCGUCGCGCCGCUCAUGAAGGCGGACGGCCUCGACCGGGAGCUCUCAGCGAUCGAGUCGGAAUUUGCGCGUGCGAGCCAAGACGACAUGAUCCGCUACGAGCAAGUGCUGUGCGACCUGGCGCUGCCGUCGCACCCGUUCCAUCGGUUCAACUGGGGCAACACAAAGAGCCUCAAGACGCUACCGGAAGGCAAGAACGUCGACGCGCACUACUCAGCCAACCUCAUGAAGCUCGUUGUCUGCGGCGAGGAGCCUCUGGACGAGCUCGAGGCGUACGUCCGCGCGUCGUUCAGCGACGUGCCCAACCAUGACCGCGUCGUCGCCGACUAUGGUCAUCUUCCGAUGCCGUUCGAGUCGUCGGCGCUGGUCCAGAUUGUGCCACUGAAGGAGUCGCACGUGCUGCACUUGCACUGGCCGCUGCCGCCGCUCGUGGGCCACCACGACCUCAAGCCCGCCGAGUAUGUGGCGUCGAUCCUGGGCCACGAAAGCGAGGGUUCGAUCUUGUACUACCUCAAAGAGAAGGGGUGGGCGUCGUCCAUUUCGGCGGGCCUCACCGAGACACACGGCUACGACUUUGGGUCGUUUGGUGCGAUCUUUACACUCGAGAUUAAGCUGACGCUCGACGCGAGUCCGCUCCCGGCGUGGAUCUUUGAAGAGCAAAAGGCCAUGGCGCAAGUCAGCUUCCGCUUCCAGGAAGAGCACGACGCGAUCGAGCAGUGCGAAGAGCUUGCCGCGCUCAUGCAGGCGAUGUAUCGGAUUCCAUCGAGCGAGCUCUUGACGUAUGAAGUUCCGAAAGGCGACUUUGACGAAGCGCGGAUUCGGUCGCUCGUGCUACAGCACCUGACGACCGCCCGCCUUCGCAUCCACGUCGCCUCGAGCACGUUUGCGUCCGACGACACGUGGACCGAAGAGCCGUGGUUCCAAGUCGCGUACAAGGUGGAGCCGAUCCCGGGCCCGCUCUUGCAGCAGUGGGCAACGCCGUCGACGCACCCGUCGCUGCGGUACCAGGCCGUCAACCCGUUCAUUCCGCGCGACGUGUCGCUCAUCGAGGUGCCCGAGGUCUUUGAGGCGCCGCGCAAGGUGCUUACGUCGUCCAAUGCGACGGUCUACUACCUCCCCGACACGGUCUUCAAGACACCGCGCGCGUUUGUCAUGCUGCACUUUUCGCUGCCGGCGAUCGCGACGCAGCCGGAUGCGAUCGUGCUCGGCGACGUGUACCUGCGCAUGGUCAAGGACGCGCUCAACGCGUACGCGUACUUUGCUCACGAAGCGCAGCUCUCGUACGUGCUGCAUGUCAAGGACGCGAGCGGGUUCGAGCUGCAAAUCGGCGGCUUCCACGACAAGCUGCUCGAGCUCGUCCACGUCGUCACCAAGACGCUGGCGACGUUUACGAACACGAGCGGCGACACGCUGCGUGCAGCGCGCUUCGAGGUUCUCAAGGAAGACCUUUUGCGCGUGUACAAGAAUGCGCUCUUCAAGCCAUCGGCCAAGGCCAAGUACAUGCGUCUGCAGCUGCUCGAAGCCUCGGCCGUGCCGCUCCCGGCGCUCGUAGCGGCGCUCGAGGUGCUCACAUACGAGUCGCUGCUAUCGUUUGCGGUCACGACCAAGGCACUCUGGGCUGGCGGCCACUUGACGGCGUUCGUCCACGGCAACAUCACGCAAGCCAACGCGAUCAAGAUGGCGUCGACGGUGGCAAGCUACUUUCCCUUUGGUACCUCGGCGCCGCGCCCGCGCAAGGCCAUUCACGCGCUGCCAUCCUCCAACGGGCUUCUGCUCCACGAAGGUAGCGAGAACAGCGAAGAGGUCAACUCGAUCGUCGAGGUCUACUACCAGUUCGGCAACGAGACGGUCGCGACGCUGGGCAUGGCCGACCUCCUCGAGCAAAUGAUGCAAGAACCGCUCUUCGACACACUGCGCACCAAGCAGCAGCUCGGGUACGAAGUCUCGUGCACCGUGCGCGUGACGCACGGUAUCCUCGGCUUUGGGCUCAAGGUUGUCUCGGCCUCGACACCGACACGUGCGAUCGCGGCCGCCAUGGACGCCUUCGUGAAGAGCUUUGCGACGACGCUCGAGACGAUGGACGACGCGACGUUUAAGGACCACGUCCAGGCGCAGAUCCAGGCGCGCGAAGAACCGGAUGUGCACCUCUUUGCCGCGACGACGCGCCAUUGGACCGAGAUCCAGUCGCUGCGCCUGGCGUUUGAUAUCGACGCGCAGCUCGUCACGUGGCUCAAGUCGCCUGGCUGCUCGCGCGAGGCUGUGCGCAACCAAUACGCGCGCUGGUUCCAAAAGCCCCAGCUCCGCGUCAUCGUUGUCGGUCAAAAGAGCUCGUCGACGCUUCAAGGUCGCGAAGAACCACCGACGGUGGACGCGCUCCGCAGCAUGGACGACGUGUACACGCAGAAGGCUCGCCUCCCGUGCUUUCCUGAGCGCCACUCGAUCCCGGCGGUGUAGAUGGUGCCACGUCAUGGGUUUAGUUUCGGCAUAACGCGAAUAUAACACCGGUCUCGAC